AUGGAUUUCAAGACUUCCAGUGAGGAGAUAAAGACUGGGGUUUAUUUGCUGCAAGAUGGAAACCAGGAGCCUUUCAGUGUUCGACUGCACUUAGCUAAAGACAUUUUGACAAUUCAAGAGCAAGAUGUUAUCUGCGUGUCUGGCGAGCCUUUCUACUCAAGUGAAAGAACAGUAACAAUCAGGAGACAGACAAUUGGAGGAUUCGGCUUAAGUAUUAAGGGUGGUGCAGAACACAAUAUCCCUGUUGUAAUAUCAAAAAUCUCAAAAGAGCAGAAAGCUGAGCUAUCUGGGUUGCUGUUUAUAGGAGAUGGAAUCCUCCAGAUAAAUGGAAUAAACGUAAGAAGCUAUCGUCAUGAAGAAGUGGUGCAAGUAUUAAGAAACGCCGGAGAGGAAGUGACACUUACAGUCUCCUUCUUGAAAAAGACCCCAGCCUUUCUGAAAUUGCCUCUGUGUGAAGACUGCACGUGUGUACCGAGUGACCAGAGUAGUGGAACGUCGUCACCUCUGUGUGAUAGCGGUUUGCACUUGAACUAUCAUCCCAAUAAUACGGACACGCUAUCUUGCUCGUCUUGGCCCACGUCUCCAGGGUUACGGUGGGAGAAGAGAUGGGUGGACCUGCGCCUUAUCCCCCUGCUCCAUUCACGUCUCUCGCAGUAUGUCCCCGGCUCAGACGUGUGCAGGAAAAAUGCAUUUCAAGUGAUUGCUGUGGAUGGAGUUUGCAGUGGGGUAAUCCAGUGCCCUACUGCUGAAGACUGCUUAGACUGGCUUCAAGCUAUAGCAACUAAUAUAUCUGCUCUCACAAAGCACAAUGUGAAGAAGAUCAAUAGAAAUUUUCCAGUAAAUCAACAGAUCAUCUACAUGGGUUGGGUAGAUGAGAAGGAACAGGACUCAGUACAGGACCGAAUGUAUACACCAAAGUUCCUUGCCUUGAGAGGGUCUUCACUCUUCAAAUUCUCUGCACCUCCUGUAACGACGUGGGACUGGACCAGGGCAGAAAAAAGCUUCACUGUGUAUGAAAUCAUGUGCAAAAUUUUAAAGGACAGUGACCUUCUGGACCAGCGGAAGCACUGCUUCAGCCUGCAGACAGAGAGCGGAGAGGACAUGUUCUUCAGUGUGGAACUGGACAGCGAGCUGCUGAUCUGGGAGAAAGCCUUCCAGAUGGCAACGUUUUUAGAAGUUGAGAGAAUACAGUGCAAAACAUAUGCUUGCAUAAUGGAAAGUCACCUUAUGGGACUCACAAUAGACUUUGGAAUGGGUUUUGUAUGCUUUGAUGCAGCAUCAAAGGCUGUUCUCUGGAGAUACAAGUUCUCCCAACUAAAAGGGUCCUCCGAUGAUGGGAAGAGCAAGAUCAAAUUUCUCUUCCAAAAUCAGGACACUAAACUCAUUGAAGCCAAGGAGCUGGAGUUUUCCAAUCUCUUUGCGGUGCUGCAUUGUAUCCAUUCCUUUUUUGCUGCCAAAGUGGCUUGUCUGGAUCCUCUGUUUGUGGGGAGUCAAGGUGCGGCGGCCGCUGCCGUGGCCUCCACAGCCAGCGCCGUCACCUGUACUGCGCCUCUGGGGAAGAUGAAAUUUUCCACCUGACAGCACCCCAGGACCGCUUCCCUUCCCCGCUUUCUCGCAUCACGCCUGCUCGCUCCUCACACCAUGGCCGCUGGGAAAGGUGCACUGGUUGCUCCGGGAUCACCGCUCCAUUAAGGGUAAAAGGAACCCUCCCAGUACAUUUGCUUUUCCUUCAAAGAAACAACACGUGAAACGGGAGAAGGGACGUUUUAAUAGUUUUAGAGAGCCGUGCCUGUAAAAUGUCGUCGACCGGAAACAUCGAGAAUCGGCUGAAGAAGGACGUUGCGCUCAGGAAUCUGAGGCCUGAUUCAAAUAGCAUUGGAGGGGAUAAACUAUAGAACACAUUGAUUCCAUUCAGAGUGCUCCAAAACAAACAUUUUCAAAAUAAUUUCAAGUGAUAUGUUUACAAGUGUUCAGGUUGUAAGAAAACAGCAAAGAAAUGUAUGACACUGCAGGUGAAGCCACUGUUUAAGCCACUGUUUCACUGUCUCGGUUAAUUUCACAUAUCAAAUAUGAUGUGCAGAAUAGCUUAAUUUUUACUUCCUAUGGAUGUUGUUAUUUGCAUUCUUUCCACAUGCAUUUUGGUAUUAGUUUCUUUAACAAAAUCUGACAAAUCACA